GCUGCGUGUGAAUCUGGAUUCACUGUAAACUAGGUUUACUACAAUAUUGCUUGUGUUUUUAGCUUGUAUCUUCAUAGUUGACGGUACUAUGUUAUAUGGACCAACUUCAUGCGAGUUUAUGUGACCUUGUGGAUGUCCACCUACAUUUGGGGUUAUAUAUAUAACAAACUUUAUAUGAAGUUUGUAAAUUAGUGUGAGGAGUUAGGAAUAAGAUUUACAUCUAGACGGUGAGGUUACGAAAUUAGGCUAGGGUUUUCACCACGAAUUCACAUCAGAUAGAAUACCGAAAUUCUAUCUAACAGUUUUGCUGAGUUCAUUUUGCGCUAGAAUCUAUGAAUUAUAAUCUCACUAUUAAAUUAUACAUAAAUCCGAUCGCUUGAGUUUUAUUUCACUGUUGUUUUGUCAUUUGUUUUCUCUUCCAGUUUGUUUCCACUUCAAAAAUGUUAGCGGGUUUGUUUAGUAAUUUGAUACGUAAGCCUGAAGUUCUGUGUCGAAAAUCAAUUUUUCAUUUUGUGAAUGUUCGAAAAUGUCCAUAUAGCACUGAACAAGAUGAUAUACCGUUUCAUCUCAUGGUUGAAGGUUAUUAUGACAAGGCUUCAGCCCUUGUUGAACAAAAUUUGAUGUCAAAACUUCAAUCAAAAGCGCCAGAUAAUGAAAAAACAAAGAUUGUUAAAGGAACCCUUAACAUAAUUCGGCCACCUACUCACAUUUUCGAGGUUAACUUUCCCCAUAAAGCCGAUGACGGAACGUUCAAGAUCAUUCAGGGCUUUAGAGCUCAACAUAGUGUGCACAGGCGACCCACUAAGGGUGGCAUUCGGUAUAGUAUGGAUGUAUGCAGAGAAGAAGUUAUGGCUCUUGCUGCUCUGAUGACCUACAAAUGUGCUGUCGUAGAUGUUCCGUUUGGUGGUGCCAAGGGGGGAAUUAAGAUAAAUCCUAAAGACCACUCUCCGGCAGAAUUAGAAAGGAUAACCCGUCGGUUUGCACUAGAGUUGGCAAAACAAGGAUUUCUUGGUCCUGGAACUGAUGUUCCUGCUCCGGAUAUGGGGACUGGACCCCGGGAGAUGAGCUGGAUUGCGGAUACGUAUGCAAACACCGUAGGACAUAACGAUAUGCACAGUCAUGCUUGUGUAACAGGAAAGUCUAUCGCUAUGGGUGGUAUUCACGGUCGCAUUUCUGCAACAGGACGCGGGGUCUAUCAUGGGAUAGACAACUUCUUAAAUAACCCAAAAUAUGCAGAUGCUAUCGGUUUAUCCCCGGGGCUGAAGGAUAAAACUUUCAUUGUUCAGGGAUUCGGGAAUGUUGGUUUGCAUACAAUGCGUUAUCUUGUACGAGCUGGUGCAAAAUGUAUCGGUAUUGCUGAAAUCGACGGACAGAUUUACAACGCAGAUGGUAUAGACCCACGAGAACUCGAAGAUUGGCAAAUUGCAAAUGGUACGAUUGUUGGCUUUCCACAUGCAAAACCAUAUACAAAAGGUUCUCUUCUUUUCGAAGAAUGUGAUAUCCUUAUUCCUGCGGCAAAUGAAAAACAAAUCCAUAGUGGCAACGCUGAUAAGAUCAGAGCAAAAUUAAUUGGGGAGGGUGCAAAUGGUCCCACCACACCAAAAGCUGAUAAAAUACUGCGGGAGAAGAAUAAGCUGGUUAUUCCAGAUUUGUAUCUGAAUGCUGGUGGUGUUACUGUCUCGUAUUUUGAAUGGCUUAAAAAUUUAAAUCACGUGAGCUAUGGUCGACUAACCUUUAAGUACGAACGAGAUUCCAACUAUCAGUUACUAAAUAGUGUACAACAGUCUCUAGAGAAGAAGUUCGCUGACAAAAUACCGAUUACACCAUCCGAAGAUUUUCAGCUUCGCAUUGCGGGGGCAUCUGAACGCGAUAUUGUUCACUCUGGUCUGGAGUAUACUAUGGAGCGAUCUGCUAAACGCAUCAUGAAUAUUGCGAAUGCCUACAACCUUGGAUUAGAUGUUCGUACAGCUGCAUAUAUCAGUGCGAUUGAAAAAAUAUACAAUGUCUACCUGGAAUCUGGCUUUGUCUUCACUUAA